AUGCGUUUCGCCUCAGCCGCCAUUGCCUUCUCGGCUACUGCUCUGGUAGCAGCUCAGAACGUCGUAGUUCAAGUUGGUUCUGUCGCAACUGCCGAUGGUGGCGUUUUCCAGUUCAUUCCCAACGACAUUACUGCCGCCAAUGGCACAACCGUCACGUUCAGAUUCACCGGAGCACCGGGAAACCACACUGUUACUCAGUCGAGCUUCGCCGACCCAUGCAACCCUUUGGCUGGAGGCUUCGAUUCAGGCUUCGUCUUCAUCCCGCCGACCAACACCACUGAGACGCCAGAAUGGACUUUGACCGUCACCGAUGACUCGAGGCCGAUCUGGUUCUACUGCAAGCAGUUGAUCCCUUCCCCUCAUUGUAGCGCAGGCAUGGUUGGCGCUAUCAACGCCCCGUCCACAGGAAACACGCUAGCAAACUUUGUUUCGGCUGCCAGGGCAUUCUCAGGCGCCUCUGGACAAGGUCAAGGUGGUCUGUCCGGUGUAGGUGCCACUGCGUCGGCCGCCCCCAGCCCAAUCGUAGGUGGUGCUUCAUUGGUUGGAGCCCCCACAUCUGGCGCGCCCGCACCUACUGCGUCUGGCUCACCCACGGGCUCGAGUACUAACACUUCGCCUUCCCCAACUGGAACUGGAAACAGUGCGAGUGCAUUGGGAGCAAGCUCUUGGUUGCUUGGCCUUGGGGCCGUUAUGGGCGUUAUCGUGGCCUAA